CUGGCAGCGGUUGGAGGUGGCGGCAGCAGCGCUGGAGGAAAGGGCAAGAACACCUUCCACUAGAUCAGGUUGUCCAGGGCCCCAACCAACAUGGUCUUGGAUACUUCCCGUUAUGAAACAUCUACAGCUUCUCUGGGGAGCCUGUUCCAGUGUUUCAUCACUCUCUGAGUAAAGAAUUUCUUCCUAAUAUCCAAUGAAACAGGACAGUAUUUGAAGACUUGACAAAUGCAUCCCAGGCUGAAAAACUGCUGCGUUUCUCCUCCUCUUCCUCCUUUAGAGAACUGACUUCUUGAAAGAGAGGUAAGGGAGAAGAUACAGACGUGAGAAAAUGCUGGGAUCAGAACGGGGUGUGGUGGAAGAAUGGCUGUCGGAGUUCAAGGCAUUACCUGAAACACAAAUUUCCAGCUAUGCAGCUACGUUGCACCGAAAAAAACCACUGGUACCAGCUCUUUAUAAAGUCAUUCAAGACCCGAAUAAUGAGCUCCUGGAGCCUGUUUGCCACCAGCUCUUUGAACUGUAUCGUAGUUCUGAGGUUCGGCUGAAGAGAUUCACACUGCAAUUUUUGCCAGAACUGAUCUGGGUGUAUCUGCGUCUUACUGCCAGCAGGGAUAGGCAAAGUAAUGGUUGCAUUGAAGCACUGCUGCUUGGCAUUUACAACUUGGAAAUUGCUGACAAAGAUGGAAACAACAAAGUUUUAUCUUUCACCAUCCCUUCGUUAUCUAAACCCUCGAUAUAUCAUGAGCCCUCUACUAUUGGAUCCAUGGCUUUAACUGAAGGAGCUCUCUGUCAGCAUGAUCUCAUCAGAGUAGUUUACAGUGAUCUUCAUCCUCAAAGAGAAACCUUCACAGCACAGAACAGGUUUGAGGUGCUGAGCUUUCUCAUGCUGUGCUACAAUUCUGCUAUUGUCUAUAUGCCUGCCUCUUCUUACCAAUCACUUUGUAGGAUGGGUUCCAGGCUGUGUGUGAGUGGAUUUCCACGGCAGCAUGAGAAACGCUGGAAAGAACACUGUGGUAGAGUGGUGUUAGACCCUGACUUCAUGGUGCAGCUGCUCACAGGUGUCUAUUAUGCUAUAUAUAAUGGUCAAUGGGAUCUUGGCCAGGAGGUUUUGGAGGACAUAAUUUACAGAGCACAGCUUGAACUCUACUCACAACCUCUGUUGGUUGCAAAUGCCAUGAAGAACUCACUGCCCUUUGAUGCUCCUGAUGCAUCCCAAGAAGGCCAGAAGGUACUGAAAGUAGAAGUUACUCCAACAGUGCCGAGGAUUUCUCGAACUGCCAUUACAACAGCUUCUAUCCGUCGUCACCGCUGGAGAAGAGAAGAUGGCUUUGACUUCUCAAACGAGGCUGACUCAAGCAUACCUGGCUCACCGAUCCAACACGGCUCCACAGACCUAGGGAUCAAACGUGAGCAAGAGGGGGAGGUGCUGAUGCGCAGGACCCCUGAGCAUGGCUUCCCGGAGCCCACCUUGGCAGCAGCCACAACAGAGGAUACUGAAGGUGUAAAUGGAAGAGAGGAAUCUGUGAACCUUAAUGAUGCUGAUGAAGGAUUUUCAUCAGGAGCAUCUCUCAGCAGCCAGCCAGUUGGGACCAAACCUCAAUCAUCUGUAUCCCAGAAGGGCAGCUUAAGAAAAACAGCAAGUGGACGUUCUGCUAAGGAUAAAGAAACCUCUUCUGCAGCAAGAUCCAAUGACAGCCCUCGAGAUUCAGUAGCUCGGAAGCAGUACGUGCACCAAUCCACUGACCUUGGUGCAGAUAUAAUUGAGAUGACACCUACUAAGAAACACCUCAGCCUGCCUGCUGGGCAAGUGGUGCCAAAAGCCAACAGUUUGAGUUUGAUCAGGACUGCCAGUGCUUCCUCCAGUAAAUCGUUUGACUAUGUGAAUGGUAGUCAAGCAGGCUCCAGUGUUGGAGUUGGUACAGAGGGUGUUACCAAUCUAGCAGCUGGCAACACCAAUCGGUUUUCAACUAUCAGCCUACAGGAGGACCGGCUAGGCCACGCUGGGGAUGGUAAAGAUCUUCUUCCUCCAGGAGCUCCCCUAACCAAACAGUCUCGAUCUCCAAGUUUCAAUAUGCAGCUGAUAUCCCAGGUGUAACAUUUAACUCCCUUUGUUAGGACUCCCUCUUUGCCCUAGGCAAGUUCAUUCUUAGGCAGAACAAGAACCAUCAUCCUGCAGUGUGAAAAUACUGACUGUUGUGAUCUUGUUUGAUUUGGUUUAGCUAUCAUACUGUAUUCCUGAAACAGCAAUAAUUCUUCCUUCACCUUCAUUCUGCCCCCUUGUAAACAUGGUUGUGAAGCAGUAUAUAAUGUACUGUAUGCCUUUUUCCAUGCCUUCCUUUCUCCUUGGGUGAUGUGCAAUCCAUCGUAGGCUGAUCAGUCCCAUUUCAACACUGUGAGACUGGAGACACCGUUGGAAAUGGUGAAUGUGAUCCCUAUGAGAUGAUGCUUUGGCUUUGUUAAGAAAUAGAAACGGGUUUGUUUUCUCGGUGUACAGUACUGCAAAGACUACUGGAUCAUGACUUUUCUUUCUCAGAACCAGGAGUGCCUCAGAGAUUCUAAUGUGACUUUGGACCUCUCUGAGUCUGUGCAAUCAAUUCUGGGGAGGGAAUUGUCAUUGCUGCUCCUGGCUGCUUGCAGCACUUUCAUUAAAAUGAGGGUGGUUUUUUCUUGCCUGCCCCUAGUCUCUCAUCCCAGAAGCUUUUGAUGUUCAGCAACUGAGACCUAAUUACCAAGUUGUUUUCCUUCAAAGAGAGGAUUAUAAGUAGAUAAUGUAGGUUACAAUGCACUUCUGAUGGCAUUGUGGCCAUGUGUAAUGUUGUAUGUCUUCCCCUCCAGGACACAGGGUCAUUCUGCAUGUAGACUAAAAUUUAAACAAGACCAUGCUGUUAAAGAAAUUGGAUUUGUAAGUGGGAGGGAAACGCUGUGUUCCAAGGAACUAAUGGCUAGCUCUGCUCCAUUUUUGUUGUGGGUGGUGGUGUUGUUUGUUGUUGUUCUUGUGAGGUGGUGAUCACUGAGUUGAAAGGUGUGUUUGGGUGAAAGAGUAUUUCUCAGGCUGCUUUCUACAGUAUCAUGGAUGUUAGACAUCCCCACCCCUUUCAGCUUCUUCCUCAGUGUCCCUAAAGUCAGUCAUGGAAUCAUUUUGAGAAUCUUGCAGUCCAAACAGACCAUCCUCUUAAGGGACUGUCUCAGGGAUAGAGACAUAUAUAUAUAUAUAUUUUUUUUUUGCUAGAAACACAGAAGCUUUAAUGUGAAAUGCUUUUCUAGAAACACCAUUUACACAAAGGGGUACUGACAGUCCUAUUUUUUCCCCAGAAGGAUCACAGUUCAUUGCCUUGGUAUUUAUCACCUACUACGUUUUUUAUCAUUAUUUCAGUGGAUAGACCCCUACUCUAGAAAAUGCAGAACUCAUGCCAUUGAGCCAAGCCUUGAAUGUAUAUGACUGGUGUGAAUGGUGGGCACUGGCUGGUACUUAUGCUAGAGAACAUUGCUUAGAAGCACACUUCUGAUUGUGUAGGAAAAUGUUUGUCAUCCUAUCUCUCUCUCUGUCCUAUUGCUAGAGAGAAAAGGAGAAAGUUCAUCCUGUAUUCUUAAGUAAUGUAUGAUAUCCUGGAAGUUUACAAAUUGUAAAUCCACAGAAAAGAGUUAUGAUCUUCAUGUGAGCACUUUGGUUUCAUUGUCACUGUGAAGAGUAAACAUAAGCUGUUAGACAUAGCAGGUUAUCUUUGAAUGACAGAAAAUCUUUAAGAAAUUCAGGACAAUAACAUGGUGUUACUUUCGUCGUUAGGUUUUAUAAUGUUUUUUUUAUUUUUUUCCUUUGAGCCUCUAUUCCAAACAGAACUUUCAAAUUUACUUUAAAACUCAUUUAAAUAUUUGAAAUCUUUUUGUAACUUGAUAAAUCACUUUGUCUUCAAAUCAAUCAUCUAGUCUUCAGAUUUUACUUUCAUAGAAAAGUGAAUUAAAUGGCAUCUGGACUGAUGAAGAAAUUCAGUUAAAAAAUAGAAUCUUCAGAAAGAAAGCCCAGCUGUUUCAGAACUUAGAUUAGUCUUUAGGGGUCACUAGAGAUAGAGCUAAUGCAUAGUUGAGAUUAAACUGUGGGAGAUUUUGUCUGUUUUUUUUAAAAAAAGCUUCUUAUGAUUAGACUCUUCUUGAUUUAUUUUGUCAAGUUUUGUGGAGGUGAUUGACAGGUUAUGGUUUGCUUGGUAGUAGUUUCUUCCCUGAAAGUACAAAUCUAUAUUUUGUAGAGGUAAUCACUAUGAGAAUUCUAUUCUAUUGAAGUGCCAUCGCCGUGAACUGAUAAGGACCAAAUGAUGAUUGCUUAAAUCUUUGGGACAUAAAAGGUCAGGAAUGUCAGCUUUUUGAGGAAUUACUUUAAUAUUUCUGCACCUUUAAAACAUAGGGUUGCUUGUUAGUAAGGUUCUCUUGUUUCUGCUUUUGCUAUUACAAACAUUCCCAUAGAAGUUUUAUGAUGUAAUUUGGCAUUGGGCCAAAUUUUAGAAACAAAUAUUUUAUACUCUGAAGACAGGAACUCCAUGCAGUUACACUGUUUCAGGAAAGCAAGACAGCCCAGUGACUUCAGAUAGGGAAAUCAAAUGUGCAUGCCUCAAUUUGAAGUAGUUAAAAGGUCAACUAAACUACAAAUCAAGAUGUUUUUUGCAGUCCUCAUUUUGAUGAUGUGCCUUUUGUUAUAGCUCAGUUCAUUUUAUUGUGGUUUGUUCGUGUGUGUGUGUGUAUGUGGAUACACAUAUACACAUAAGAACAAACCAUAUGUAUAUAUACCUACCCCAUUUAGAGCUUUAAAAGGGUUCAAUUUCAUCUCUACUAAAAAAAAAAACAAAACAAAACAAAACUUUUUGCUGUGUGCUGAUGUGCAGCAUCUGUAACUUACCAAAAUUAUCCCGAGUGCAUUGUUUCAUUAGUGAGAAGCUUUGUCAUUUUCCAGACUGAUGGAUGUUUUAGAAAGUGAGUUGUCACUGUGACCUGCAAACCAGCUACAAUAGCAGUCUCUGCCAGUGCUGUGUAUCACACUUACCUGUAAUCCUCCUUGGUAUCUCAGACUAUACCAAGGUGUGUGAAGAUUGUAGCAAAAUCUCAUAUAGUGACACUCAGUACACUUCAAAGUACUGUGGUGGUAAUUAAAUAAGAAAUGUCCAGGAUGUGGACUGAGAGAAUAAUCUUCUGGUUUUCUGACUGUGUGUUAAAUAUUAACAAAAAGCAUGUUCUAAUUUUCUGAUACCAGUGACAGAUAUCUAAACUUAAACCUCUUUAUCCUGAAUUCACUUGGCUGUGUCAUGUUUCGGAACAUUUGGUACUUUAUAUAAGGCACUAGACUGAAAUUUCUGCAAUAUUUCAGUGCAGCUGCAUAGUUGAAGAAAGAAGGUUGAAAAGCAGAACACUACAUGUGUGCAUGCAUAUGUGUGCAGGUGUUUUUAAUGCUUAGGUGAGGAAGUGUGGGUACUAUAUGUAGAUGUCUGUGCACAUGUAAGUAGGGUUACAUGAAUUAUCCCUUAAUACAGUUUUUACCACGUUACGCUAUGUUGCAAUUUUACAACUCAUUUUUCUUGGGCUUUAUAAUUUUAACAAGAUUGGUAAAAUCAGACUUUGAUUCUCCUUUUCAGGAGGUUUUUAUUAUCAGCUUUUUGGUUCAGUGUUGAUCCCUUUUGUUUUUCAUCCUGCAGGUGGCAAAGUGAUGAAGUGAAAGUAUCUGUUACAAUGAAUGUGGCAAGAUGAAGUUUUAAGUUGCUUUGUUAUUCUUGCUAGUUUUAACUUGGAGACUUUUUAUCUCGCUUUCUUAUCUUUCACUGUUUGUUUUAAAUGCAAAUUUCUUUGAAUACAACUUUCUGAUGUGUUUGAAGAAGUUUUAACAUCAUACUUCAUUCUGUAAUGCUGAACAUCAUGUUGCAGCCAGUAAGCAUUAGAUGUAGUUAUUUGUAGAUUGCAAAUGUGUUGGUCUCAAUUACCUGAAUCUAACAUUUCCAACACACUCCUGCUAGCUUGAACAUAGCUAGUCAUCUGUUCUGACAGCAAAAUUACGAGGAAAAAAACUGUUUUCUGACAACUUAUUUAUUUGCACUACUUAUGAAUACUGGAGUUUACUGGGACAGGGUUUUUUCUCACCAUGUGAGGUUUACUUGUGUGUGGGUAGGUACAUACAUUUGUCACGUGUUGACAAUCAAUUGCCUCAACUGUGUGUAUACUGUAUGUAAAUAUGAACAUAUUUUUCAAGAUUAAGGGGGAAACCUGCACCUUAAUGGUGGUAAAGCUGCUCUGAAGAAAGGUGGCCCCGACUUUUACCCCUUUCUGUCUCCAGAUAGAUGUGGCUUGUUUUACUUCUGUAAUGAACAUAAUUAAUUUUCCUGGAAAAUUUUAGUUCCAGGGAGAUUUUCCUCAAUGUUUAAUGUAUAGCAUGUUCAGAGAAUUAUAUUUUCAAAAAUUAUUUUUGGUGUAGAUUAUUCUAUGCUAUGGCUUAUUUUAAUCUAAAUUUUAAAUUUGUCCUAUUUUAUCAUGAAACAGUGGCUCUCUUUUAAGUGUUGAAGUGUUUUAAUUUCGGUCACAGGCCGGGAAUUUUUGUUGGACUUGGCUUACAAAUUUAAGUUAAUUUGAAGACCAGGUAGUAACCAAGAAUAACUUUUUGAGUAAAAUUCAUGAUCAGUACAAACUUGAUACUGAACUCGUAAUCCUGGAGGAGGUGUGGAAAGCAUAAUGGAACUUACUUGAAUGGAGUGUAUGUGCUGCAUACAGAACAAAAAGAUGUUUCUGUUAUUUGUAGAUCUAUAAGUCUUAUCCUUAAAUUCUGCAAUUCUGUCACUGCCAAAGAUAUUGUUACCUUGGCAUGUUUCAUAUGGGCUGUUAGCUAGGUCUCAUUUGUAACAUUCAUUUCCAUCAUUGGAAUAGUUUGUACCAGAACUAUAAACGUGCUUUUUUUUUUUUUUUUUAAAUGGCUUGUUUAGGACUGAACUAAAGUUAUAAAUUAUCAGUCCUUUUCAAGCAUCAAAAGUGGAGGGCUAAUCCUCUGUACUUGCAUUGCAUUCUUGGCGUAAAUAAAAUUGAUCAAUAUUUUGUAUUUUCUCCGGUAUUUUAAAUGCUGCUUAUUGCUGAUAUAUGGGCCUUAAUUUCUCUUUUUCUUACUAAAUUCAGAUAAAUUUCUCUUAAUUUCUUAAACUAGCAUUAGUCUGUUUUCCCACUGGCUCUUGAAUAAAUUUCAUUUCAGGAAAGCUGUUCUGUAGGGAUUUGGGGGAACAGAACCCAGCAUGGAUAUUGUAUUUGUGAAUAUAUACAUCAGUCUGUCAAAAUCUGCAUGUUGUGAUCAGCUGAAGAGCUGAAAUACCCACCUGCUUCUUAAACAAUGAUGAACAACAGCAGAGAGCUGUGAGCAACUUGGUUCAUCAAUAGUUUAUGAAGGCAAGCAGUAAAUGGAUUUUGCAAGACUGAUCUGCAUAAUGAUUUCCACUUAGUCAUUAAAAAAAUUUAUUUUAAAAUUUAACCAAAUCAUGGAACAGAUUUUCAAAACAUAACGGGUAGUCAUUUCUGAGAAACUUAGCUUGUGGCAAGUGUCAAGGCCUGCUAUCAUGUGAUACAUUAGAAGUUCAAAAGCAAGCUCUAGAAGCCUGAAGGUAUCUCACAGCUGCCAGGAAUGGAUUUAGUAAAAAUCUAGUUAAAAUUUAGUCUUGUGUUAUGUGACUUUAUUUGAGAUUUUUUUGAAGAAAAAAAAAAUCAAAAGUAAUUUCCACCUCAUUUAUUUUCUUUAGAAUCAAAAAACCGAACACUUCUGAUUUUAUUUUAACUGUAUUGAUCAGAUUUUCAGAAUAGUUUUAGGGAUGAAAUGAAUUUUAAAAUAAGUCCGUAAAUUAUUUGUUCUGUCAUAAAGGAUUACUAAGCUACUCCUGUGAGGAGCUGCUGUGUGAGAACACUUGUACAGUAAAACUUUGUGUCUGUACAGUAAAACCUUGGCCUACAUUUUAGCUUGUGCACAAUGGGGAGAGUUGAUAAAGCUGCAUUAAGAAGUUAUUGGGUUGUGAGCUCCCAGUGUUUUAUAGUCCUCACCCUCCCCAGAACUGAUCUGGAAACAGAAAAAUUAGUAUGAAUGAAGCAACCUUUUUGAAGAGAGAUGGACUUUGUUCAAAAAUAGGUGGGACUUGGGAGUGACAAGUACUGGCUUCUGACACUGUCCUUUUUGUUCACGUGGUUCCUGUUGUUGUGCUAGACUUUCAUGCUGUUUAUGAAAAAAUUGAGUAUUAGAAACUUUAUGGCUUGAAGUAUACAGUAGAUGUGAGUUAGCAAUCACUAACUAGAUAAACCACUUCUCAAAGCUUUUUAGUAGAUAGUACUGGGGUGUGUCUGUGUGUUUUGUGUGCCAGUGUUUGAUGAAUACUUUGAAACAAGACUUCUUACUGUUUACUUGCAGAAAGUGCAUACUUUUAGGAUGGAUAUAACUGGCUGGUUUAUUUAUGAAGAAACGAUGUACGAUUAAAUAAAAUUGAGUUAUUUAACAUUUUUUCCAUAUCGAGGAUUCCAGGAAAAAAAAGCUAAUAAAGAUUUUUUAAUAAUUAAAUCAGAUACUCUUAAUACAUUUUAGAUUUACUAGGGUAGCUUUUCUUUGCUAUACAAACCUGAAUCGAGGUACCCCGUGCUGCAUUUUUUAAAUUUGUAAUUCUUCUAUUUUACAACAAAUCUUUUGCUCUAUACUGUCCUUGUAAGAACGCAGGAUACGCCAUUGAUUUUACUAGCAAAAAGAAAUGCUCUGCAAGGGUUAAAAGAUUAUUUUCCUACUUUUUCUGUCAUACCAGGUUUGUUUCUCUGAAAUAAGCUUUCUGAGGAUUUUUACUACUCUAACAUGAUGUGCUCUGAUCUCUGUCAUAGAAGGAGCAUAAGCAGCACGUCCCACGUGUGCAGACAGCUGGGCUAGGCCCGAGGGCAGGGAUAGGGCCUGUGUGGGCAGGAGGUGCUGGGAGGGACGGAAACACGUGGGUUUCGAGAGGCCGUGAGCUGUGCUGUGUGAUGUCCUUUAUCGUGGGACCAGGGAAAUCCUCAUUCUUAGAGCUGAAGAUGGCACGGAGCGAAGAUCGUGUUAUUGAUGCAUGUAAGCCAUUAUCUUACUGUCUUACUGAACUGGGUAAUGCUGUUGACUGUUGUUGAAAUGUGAAACGUAGUUACUGUUGACUCUGUAAAUAAAUGCCAGAGAUGAAAUAUAAUUAUUUUAAAUCAUUGUAAAUAGAGAUGUAUAAAACUCGACACAAUCUGCAAUGCAGAAAAAAAAUUAUAUAUAUAUAUAAAUAUAUAAAGAUGUUAAAUAAAUAUUGUGCUGUUUCUGAACAGAACUGGA